AUGACUACAACAGGAUUACAAGCAGUGCCUGCAAUGUCUACAACAGGAUUAUACGCAGUGCCUACAAUGACAACAACAGGAUUACAAGCAGUGCCUACAAUGACAACAACAGAAUUACAAGCAGUGCCUACAAUGACAACAACAGAAUCACAAUAUGAUGAUAUCGGUGAUGAAGAAGACUCCCUAAGUGUUAUUGAUGAUGUUCAGAGUACAUAUGAUUUUGGGACUCAAGUCGAAGCAAAUGAUUUCAAAUUUCAAAAAAAUGCUCGAGACAAAAUAAUUGAUCAAUACACCAUUAAUCCAACUAUUAACAAAAGAAAAGUUAAUCCAAUUUUAAUUUUUGGUACUCCAGAUAAAAACGUAUACAUCGGAACAGACGGGAAACUAUUCAAUGUGAAUAAUGGUAAGUUCGCAAACAAGCCUCUAAAUAAAUAUGAUUGGGUUGCAACGUAUGAUUACAUAUUGAAUUUUUUUAGCAUUGAGACAAAAGAUAAUGCUAUUGGUUCUAUGAGUCAGUUUCGUUUUAACAUUGAGUCUGGGGCACAUGAAGUACUUUAUGAUAUUUUGAUGAACAAUGCCUUUCCUGAAGGUACUCGUGAUCCAAUUCCGUAUAAAAAGGGAAGAAACCAACACGGUGGCUAUAUUCCAGUAAAUGGAGGUUAUCGAGUGAAAGGGCUUUCUUGGGAAUCGACGCUUGAUAUGUACAUCAAAUAUAUGAAGCAAAAUAACAUCUCAUUUAAUCAAUCACCAAUAUUAUACAAUGCUAACCCCUGGCUAGCUGAUGAGAAGGUAUUUCUAGAAGGUCCAAAGAUUGGAAAGAAAACAUAUUACCUUGGAGAAUACGCAGCAAUCACGAGUAAGAAACAGAGAGAAAUCAGUCCGUCGAUUAAGAAUCGAGUUGAUAAAAAUGCUAAUUGGCUUGGAGCUCUGAAUGAAAUUAUUGAAAAAUAUGGAGAUCGCAUCGAAUCAGAUGAUAUUAAUGUCAAAUUAGUAAAUCCAAAACGUUUUCAAAGAGCUCUCUCGUUCUCGUCAAUUGGUUUAGGCUUUGGGAGUCAAGCCGGUCGACGAGGCAUUUUAAAACAUGAAUUUUACAAGCUUCAAGGUGAGAUUGGUUUAGGUAAUGCUAAUCGUCGCUUGGAAAGAGAGUUAAAAUUGAUUCGACGAGCUUUUUAG